GAAUCACUCACCAGGUGCUCGACAAAAUGCGAAAGAGAAAUCCGAAACUUACUACGACCACCAAUACCCACCCACCCACCACCCCUCUCCGUCGAUCCCCAAGACUCAAUCCUCCACAUUCCAAAGGUAGUCCCACAGACAAACCCAGACCCAGAAACAACACAGUUAGGUCCCCGGAUUCUAGCAUCAGCUCGACGAGAGACUCUUCUUUGAGGAUAACCCAUGAAGAUUGCCCGCAAAGGAAGCAGAGUAAUUCAAGAAAAUCAAAAGAUGGGUCGGGAAAUUGCUUGAUUUUGACUACUGGAUUCAGAAGAUCCCCAAGAUUGAGCAGCGGGGCAGGUGGUUUCUCGAGUCUUAGGCGAUCUCCUAGGCUUUCCAAUCACCCAAAAAGUUGUGAAUUUGUUGAUACGAACAUAAAUUUUACGUCUAAGAAGGCCAGUGAGAGCAAGAAAUUAAUCAAAUAUGUUUCAGACCAAUCUCUGGAUAGUGGAGUUGCGGCAGAUGGAGGGAAAGGGAGAGUGGGUGGGGAUGUUUUGGAAGAAAGUAUAAGGAUCUGUGUUGUUGGUCUGGUGGCGAAUAAAUCUAAGGAGAGUGACAUUUUUGAAAGAAAUGGAGAUGUUGGGUUAAGUAGGAAGAGAAAGCGGGGAGAGGAAGGUAAUGCUACUGCCCAAGGGUGGACAAAGGAGCAAGAAUUGGCAUUGCAGAGAGCUUAUUUUUUGGCAAAGCCUACACCGCAUUUUUGGAAGAAGGUUUCUAAACUGGUGCAUGGAAAGUCUGCCCAGGAUUGCUUUGAUAGGGUCCAUUCUGACCACAUGACUCCUCCACAACCAUUACCUCGAUCAAGGGCAAAUAAGAUGAACUCAUCAUCAAUUGGAAAAUUUUCUCUCUCUGCUAGCAAAUUGAUUAAUCUCAACUGGCAGAAUAUUAGAAAGCCGGGUUGCAAUAAACAAAAGGCUUGUCUUGUGCAGAAAACUGUCAGACAGUUGUUACAGAAGCAUUCUCAAGUGAACGAAGAUAAUGGAGCUGAUCUAUUCUCGGUCCUGGAACCAAACAUGACUUCCUCUGCUCAAGCUUUGCAGCCGAAUGCUAUACUGUCCACUCCAAAGCGUUUUACAGGAAAAGAAGAAUUUCUGCAGAAGUGCAAUGAGAGAUCCACUUCUGUCCAGAAGAAGCCCCUUUCAAGAUUAAAUAAUGUAUGCCAGGUGGAUUUCGUGAGCCCGCCAGUGUUUAAGCACGUAAAAAAUAAGGCCAUUCACGAGAAGUACAUCGACCAAUUACAUAGAAGAGAAGCUAAGAGAAAGGCAGCUUCUGAAUUUCCAAAAAAAGGCCUAGCCGGGAAAGAGAAUAGGUGGGAAAUCAAUGUUCAGAAAACAGAUCUAAUUAGAGCGGCAAAAGAUGCAUUGGUUACUGAAGCAAGAGAUGUUGUUAGUCAGCUCCAUCAACACCAGGAUGAUGCCUCGAGUGACCGUUCUAAUUUUGAUGAUGAUGGUUUUGACAGCAAUGCUGAUGAAGAUGAAACUGAGCUGUAGCCAUGUGUAAACUUUGUUGAAAUGAUUUUUUUUUCCUGACAUAUUAUACUCAGAGGUCAGAACAGCGUUAUGUAAUCGCUAGGUGGCUGAUCAUGUACUCGAGCAUAUUAUCCUAAUUUUAGGUUUUUCCGGGAAGGGUUGUAUACUACUGAAUCCUCUAAAUCAUUCCUCUGUUAGUUGAAAUUCCAAACUAAUUGAUCUUUACAUUUGUCUUUUA